UUGGCGGUCAUCGGGUUAGACGGACGCUGCCUUGGAAACGACAUAAAUCCGGUCCACGCGAGCAGGGACCCAGAUUUCUCCACUUCAAAGGCUUCCGCUCCUCUGCCCGCUCCGCCUCUUCUCCAUCCAACCAUCCAUCCUCCCUCCGGCCCGAGCCUCCAACACGGUCGUUCCGAAAUGAAAUGCGGAGCAGGGUGAGAAGGAGAAACGGUGAGAAGCGUUUAAAUAACCGAGAGAGGAGAAGCGGAGAGGAGAAGGUGACGGGAGAGCCCGAAGCCAGGUAUAGACCAGCAUGCCGUUGGUGAAGAGGAACAUUGAGCCCCGGCACUUGUGCCGUGGAGCGCUGCCAGAUGGGGUGACUAGUGAGUUGGAGUGCGUCACCAACACUACACUGGCAGCCAUCAUCAAGCAGCUGGGCAGUCUAAGUCGUCAUGCUGAGGACAUUUUCGGGGAACUGUUUAACGAAGCCAACAGCUUCUACCUGAGGAUGAGCAGCCUGCAGGAGAGGGUGGACCAGCUGGCUGUGAAAGUCACCCAGCUCGACUCCACUGUGGAGGAAGUUUCUCUGCAGGACAUCAACAUGAGAAAGGCCUUUAAGAGCAGUACCAUUCAGGACCAGCAGGUGGUGUCGAGGACCUCUGUGCCCAACCCUGUGGUGGAGAUGUACCACCGCUGCGACAAACCUCCACCACUUAAUAUUCUCACCCCCUAUAGGGAUGACAAGAAGGACGCCCUGAAGUUUUACACCGACCCCUCCUACUUCUUCAACCUGUGGAAGGAAAAGAUGCUGCAGGCCACUGAGGACAAGCGCAAAGAGAAGAGACGGCAGAAGGGCUGUCCGGCCCACCCUGACAGGCCCCACUCCAGACAGGCCCAACCCAGGAGCCCCCUGUCCAUCUCUGAGCAGCAGAGGCAGGUUGAAGACCCGAGCAGAGAAGUGAAGAAGGUGCGUAAAGCUCGUAACCGACGCCAGGAGUGGAACGUCCUGGCCUACGACAAAGAGUUCAGACCAGACGCCAGGCUCGCCCCCUCCCCUUACCACGGCAUGUCCUCUGAAGGCUCACUGUCCCCAGAUAGCAGAUCAAUGGCGUCCGACUCCUACCCAGCCAGCCCCAACCACCCCUCCACCCAGGCCUCCAGCACUGCCCACCCCGCCGACCACCACACCAGGGAUCACCUCAGUGCCGCGGCCCAGACGCAGUCACUGGAUCGGGGCCUGAGGCCGGCCAACCAGCCCCCGGGAGCGGGCGGUGCUGCGGCAACAGGUCGGCACGUGGCCUCCCUGGGCCGAACCCCCUCGGGACACGGCGUCCAGGCCGGAGGAGAUCCGACAGUCAACGGUCCGAGGCAGCAGUCGGUUAAGGACUACCGCGCCGCACACGGAGGGCAGCCCUCCACCAUCCCCGAGUACUACAUCCCGCCGGCCCCUCCCCCACCCCCACUAACCAUCCCUUCUGCCCAGACCGCCUUCGACUCCACCAACGCCCCGCCCUCCGCCACCUCCGCUGUCCCCCCAACCUCUUCCACCCUCUCCCGUCCCUACUCACCCUCUCCUCCUCCUCCCCCAGCCAACUACGUGCCCUCCCCCUCCCACCCGCCUUCAGGCGCACCUCCGGCCGCCCCUCCUCCUCCUCCUCCGGGAGCCCCCUUGGGCCACCAGGCCCACCCGUCACCCCCGCACGCCGCUAUCGGUCAGUCAGCUGUGGACGCGGCACCCUCGACGAGGAAGUCCACCAUGCUGGGGAUGAUCCCCAUGAGCGACGCCCGCUCCGACCUGUUGGCGGCCAUACGUAGAGGUAUCCAGCUGAGGAAGGUGCAGGAGCAGAGGGAGCAGGAGGCAAAGAGGGAGCCCGUUGGUAACGACGUGGCCACGAUCCUGUCGCGUCGUAUCGCAGUGGAGUACAGCGAGUCCGACGACGACUCCGAGCUCGACGAGAACGAAUGGUCCGACUAAAAGAAGAAAAAACAAUAGAGAGAUGAAGCGGGGAGAGUUAAAGGGGGAGAAAUGUGACGCUAAGUUGAAACUUAAGGGGUUUGGUUAGUUUUAAUGUUCAUCAUCAACUAAAAAAGUCUGAUUAAAAAAGAAUAUCAGUCAUACAUUUAUCACACACCUGUUUGUGAACUUAAACCAGAGAGGUUUUUGUGUCCAGCCACCCAGGGCGUAUGGCACAGUAACCACACACACUGUUUCAGCCCCACAUCUGCUUCUUUUUAACCUUUAACAACACUCAGUACUCAGCAGCUCCCCCUCCCCUACACGCUCUAUUAGCAAUAUUACAGGCUCUGUGUGCAGGUGGGCCCCUGGUGAGUAUGGGGGCGACGUGUUUACAAAACACAAGGUAUAUAGCACAAGACAAACUAAUUAUAGUGCAAUCUUAACUCCUCUACCAAAUGUUGAGAAAGGAUUUAUGGAAACGAGUAAGGAUAAUCAGGGAAAAUAAAGAAAAAUAGCUUAUUAGCAGAUAACUCGCUAGCUUUCUGGGUCAUGCCUGUUUAUGAAACACGCACACCUUCCUUUGGAGACACUGACCUUUUGAGAGUUUGGCUCAUCUGAACCAGCGUGAGACAGCAGGAGCAGCAUUAUCUCUGUGUAGUGAGCUGUCAUGCAUGCUAACAGGAUGUGGCUAAUGUAGCUGUAGCUAACGGGAGAUAAAAGUGCUCUGCGGAGGGACGUACAGCUGGAGACGCUUGUCUGGAGAGCACCGUUAGUUUAUGAUUCAGUCACAUUGACACAUGCACUCAACAACCCUGCUUUUAUAUUGGAAUAUAACUAGUAUGCAACCAGCUGAGCUGAGUCUCCUAUUGCAAAGAGACGCAUUAUAGACGAGUUGUGCUCUCUGGUGUUUAGAAAUUAGAGGACAGUGAUUUGCAAACCUUUGCCAGUCAGUCUGAGAGUCAAGUGUUCGAGUCAGUCUGCGUUUGUUUGGAGACCGAUUGCCUCCCACCAGCCAACCUGUGCAGUCGAGGUGAAAGCCCAGAAGGUUGGCGGUGCAGCAUUUUGAAGCUCUGGAUGACCAGUUAGUUGCUGUAUCUACUUGAAGUCUAUUGGUGAUUGCAAAAAAAAUCCAAUGCAAUUACCAGGUAACCACCUUUUUUUUCUUCUGAGGUUUUUACUCCAGUGUGACUGAGCCACUAGCGUACUAAGGAAAAACUAAUGGGGUUGGAUUAAGUUACAAAGGACGUAUGAAAUUACAUUUUUAAGAAAGCAUUUCAAAGCUACACAGCCAUAAACAAGUGCUAGUUAGCUGUUGGGCGUACAUGCUGUACACUCUAUGAGUUUUGGGCCUACCGUUAGUUAGUGAGGCCUUCCUGACUGUUACAAUGAUACAGGGAGAACGUGCAACAUCGACACGUAAAGUCACAGAAGAAGAAAGAUUAGGGGGUUUCCCAUCGAUUAAUGUACAACACGAGGUCUCCCCCUGCUGGUUGAAGAAAGACUCCAGCUUUCAUGUUGGCUUCACUUUUCAGACCAUUAGCUGGGGCCAUCUUUUAUAUACAGAUUAUGCUGGUGGGAUAUUUCUACAGUUGGGACAUGUAAACAAACCAGUUCCAGUGUUGUUGGGCCACCGAUGAGCAGAUAAUCUUAUUCUCAAAGCCAGAUGAUAUGCAUUAAUAUAUUUGAGCCCUCUGGAAAAUGUUCCUCGACAUGAUUAUACAGCUCUUUUAAAGAGGUCCUAUUCAUAAUAUCAAACAAACACACGAUCAGCAGCAUUCGAAAUGCUCAGAGUAAUAUUUUAUGUCACAGGUGUGUUUAUGAGCUCGCAGUACGCUGGCGUUAGCUUACAGGCAGAAACUACACAGAGAAAUGUGGAAGCUGGCUCUCCAGGUACGUUUUGGGUACAAAAGUGAUUGGACAGCCAAACUCUCAAAAACAAAAAAAGGGGUUGGGUCAGUGCAUUUCCUAAAAACAUACCUUCUAACGUUAGAAUAGUGUGAUGAAACUGUGAUAAAAGACUCCACCCACCCAGGAUGAAGCUGGUGUGGGAAAACAAGCGCCAGCAGCCUCGUUCGAGUUUCCCUCUCAUUGAAUAAUUGAGCCCCAUCUGCCCAGUCUGAACAGUGACUAUCAUGAAAUUCGUUUUUGGUAUUUUUUGUAUUCGUUCAUAAAGUGAAGCCUGACAUUUCAGCCAGUGACUGUGUGCUGUGCUCUUGGUCUUAUUAUAAACGCUUCCACACUUAAACCACAGCUGGAGCAGCUCUCACAAAGCCCAAGGGUCAAAGGUCACGUCCACUCCUUCACUCGACCCUGGGUCAGCACUGCUGUCUGUGGAGGCUUUGUGAACGCAGCCCCUGGACUAUAAAUACAUAAAUGUAAGAGGCUCGCGGCAGUAAUCUACAGUAUAUUCUCUCUUCUCUGUUUUCGGUAUAGGUUUGGCUAAUCCUCGGUAUGAGCUGGUUGGACUGUAGUGUUUUUAUAAUGUGCUUUUUCUUUUUUCAAACGUGCUGCAGUGAGUUGUUCACUUUGAUUUAUUUUAGGCUUUUCUAACUGUCCAGGCCAGGAUGAAGGUACCAGAUAAAACAGGUAUAUCACAGAAGCCACGUAAAGGGUGAUCUUUUGUUAUUAUUGUUACCAGAUUGACCUUUAAACAUUAUCCUGCAAAGACAAAUUCUAAUAUUGGUUUUAGUUUUCUUUUCAGUUGAUUGAUUUCUUUGUUGUUGUUAAUGCUGCAACCUUUAAUUGCAAAGCAUUGUGGGAAGUGGAGUUCUACUCCUCCGUGUGCUAGCACUGCGGCAGAGAUAUUAACCCAACAGCGUUUCAGUCGGUUUUUAAUUUGUGAGGAAAACGUGCGCUCUGAACAGUUUCUGAUAUUCAACGGUCCCACCUAACCAAAAAAAGUACAAGUGUACAUGUGGAAGAUUACAUUAAAAGGUUUGCUCUACAACUUUUAGAUUUGAAAAGUUAAAGGUGAAAAUAGUUUUUUCAGGCUGUUAAGAAGGAAAGUGAUCCAUGAAUCAAGGUGCAUAAUCGUGGAUUCAUGGUUAGAAUUAGGCUGUAUGGUGCAAAAGUCUUGAGUCACCUCAUUUUUUUUAAAUAUUUGCUUCCAGGCAGCGUGGCUUUCUUGUAAAUUUUGAGUAACCGUUCUCCAGACUUUGUGAAGGUCUUUCAGAAUUUUCUUUGACAUUGGCUGCUUUUUCACUCAUUUUCAGUUCAGUCCUUGUACCUGAGCAGAGACUUAACAUUGACCUAUGACUCAUUCAAGGAUAACUUUACAGAUAAUUUUAAAUUGUAUCUUUAGGUACUUUGUAACUAGCAACCUGUUGCAAAGUUUUAAUGGUUUUAAUUUUUCUUGCUGAAUCUAAGAAAAAUUGACAGAUAAAUAGUAUUUUUGUCUAAAAGUCAGAAAUAGGAAAAAAUCCAACAAAGA